GCUCACCGAACGUAUUGGCGCACAAGCAAUCUCUUCGUCACAGUACCGAUGAGGUGGCUGAUUGUGGUUCUUCUGGCUGAAGCGGUUUCUGCUUCUUGUCCGCAGCGAUGUGUAUGUAAAGGAGACACAAUAUCGUGCGUUUCAAUGGACGAAAGCGAGCUGUCUGCGGUCAUUUCCCACUUGUCGACAGCGGAAUGGAAUGGACUGAGGGAACUGAGCAUUCGCCAGACUCCCCUGUUGUCCAUCGAUGAUCUUCCGAAAAUGGAGCUGCUCGAAUCCAUUGAUCUGAGCCAAAAUGGGUUCAACGACGAUGUCUGGCUAAACUCCAAACGAAUAUUUCCAGCAGUUCGGAAAGCAGUCCUAGAACAUAAUAAUUUUACGCGUGCUGACCGAAAGUUGCUGACUCCUUUCCCAAAAAUAGAGGAAGUGCAUCUUGGACAUAAUCAUAUAUCGCACAUCGGCUACGAUUCACUACGAAUGCCUCACAUAAGAAGCAUACGACUAAACGACAACGUUAUACAGGUACUCGGCAUGCACGCCUUCAGAUUCAUCCCUCAACUGCAGGAAGUCGACCUCAGUGGGAAUAAUCUCGAACGAUUUAUGAUGAGCGAAUUUUCUGGUGCAACAUCUUUGAGGUAUCUGAAUGUCAGCCAGAACAUGAUUCGUAGUGUUGAAUGUGAUUCUAUCACUCCAAUGAUUUCCCUUGAAAUCCUCGACUUGAGCUCAAACAACCUUACACAGCUGCCCGGUAUUGAACUUCGCAGUAUGGAAAGUUUGAGGACACUCAUACUCUCUGGAAAUCCAAUUACAGUAGCAGAGGAAGGCCAGCUAAAGUUUGACAGCUUGCAGGUACUGGACCUGUCUACAACCGGACUUCGAGUAGUCGAAGCCGGAGCGUUCUCACGACUUCCUCGACUUCAUUCAGUAACACUUGCUGACUGUCGCGACCUUGUGUUCGUGUCUCCCGCAGCUUUUGAAAACAUUAGUGUGUUCAGCUUGGACAUAUCUGGAACUGGCCUCAAAACUUUACCACCCUCACUUCUAUCCAACGUUGCUCGAAUUCGCAUUUCUGACGUUUCGCUGGACUGCGGAUGCCUGUCCGAGCAGCUAAGCGCUAUUACAACCACUACUAUAAUGGACUGGAGUAAUUCCACAUGUGUUACUCGAACGGGAGAAGUGCUGAGGAUAUCCAGCUUAUCGCCAAUGAAUCUAGCCAGCACGGACCAAUGUCGCCCUAGUGUGAUACUUCCUUUCGGAGACGAAGUGACUGCCAGCGUGGGACAAACAUUCAAAAUAUACUGUGCGGGUACUGAUGAAGAUGACAUAGUGAGGUGGAAGACACCGCAUGGUGGUUCAGUCUUGGCCUCAAGACCUGAGUUCUCUUCUGGACUCGAACGUCUUGACUAUUUUACGACAACGCUCUUUGAACCACUCAAGCGACAACAUUUGAGACAACGGUAUUUCGCUGCGACAGAAUAUUUCAGGAUUGAUGUCGUUCUGAAAUCAGAUGCCGGCGAUUAUGAAUGUACGAUUCAACGAGGAAAGUACUCAUUCACAAGGAAAAUCCGGCUUAUUGUUGAAGUGCCUGACAUACAGCUGAAGGUCACACAUGUUGGAGUGUCAUCUGUACAUCUUGCAUGGAAUCAGAACAUCGACGUUCAAGCUGUGGAUAGGGUGGCCCUUCAAGUGAAUUCAACGAGUUCAUCUGACUUCAAACGAGUUGUUCUUCUCUCACUGCACAAUAUAUACUGCAGUUACAAUCUCAUCAAUUUGCUUCCGGACAGAGCAUACACAAUCUGCCUUCGGUGGUCCCUAACCGAUGACGGUACCGACAUUUACAGUACGUGCCUUUCGGAAAGAACACAAAAAAGCCGAUCGUUUAUGGAAGACAUCGGAACGGAAGGGAUCAUAAUAAUGAGCGCCAUCUUCGUGUUGAUGUUUGUCUUCUUCUGUUCCAAAUGGAUCUACAACCGGUAUCACAUCUACUUAAGAACACGACAGCAGUCGAAAAUGAUACAAUCAGUUUCUGGACAAUCUGUUCUCAGCCAGCGAAGUAGUGACGACGCAAUAACGUUUGAGAAUCAUCAACUUCAGAUGUGCUCGACCUUCUGCGAUAGAGACAGUAUGGCUAAUGGACCUCUACUUAUCAAUGUGGCUUGAACCCCUUCGCGAAACUUUCUUUAUCAAAAAUCUCGAUUCGUACAUAACCAGGAUACUACAAUAUGCAGGGUGUCCCAAAAAAUGUGCCUACUGUUUGAUUGUAAAUAACUCUCUUGUAAUGAAGUGUUUCGAGAAGCUUCAGGUACCAUUUUGU